GGUGUCAUCGCCAACCCCGGGCACCCAUUCCACCACCAACCACCACCAAACCACGCCGCCGCUAUUCGUCGCGUUACGUUUUUUCUUCAACACUAACUACUUGCGAUUUCGUCACCUCCCGGUCGCCCUGCGCAUCGAGAAGUCGAAAGGCAGUCGAUAGAAUGAUUACACUCUGGACUUUCAACUCGAUGGCAUUCAUCUGCAACUGGAUGCUCGUGUCUUCCUCGGUGCUGACACCGCUGAAGGACGACGGUAGCCUGAGAAUUUUCAAGGAAUCACCGAACGAAUUCGAAUACGUGAUAAAGAGACACGGCAUCGACGAACGUAAAGAGGAUACCGACUCUAAAGAGAGACGGAGCACUAUGGGUUCCUCCUUCAUCAGGUUCGGUCGCGGUCAGUCUGCCUUCAACAACGCCGCUAAUUCCAUCUUGGACGGGGAAACCGAUUCGAAGGUCAGUAGGCAUCCCCGAUGGAAGUCACCGGACAUCGUGAUCAGAUUCGGUCGGUCCAAUAUCAAGACUAUUAACGGCGAACAACUCAAACGCGGGCGAAAUGAUCUCAAUUUUAUCAGGUUUGGUCGUAACGUACAAGUUGUGCCGGCCGAUCUCGAUCUAUCUGUGGUGUGUUCGGCGCUUAUUUCGAACGGCGUGGUUAACGACACGGAAUUACAUCCGGAUAUAUCGAGGCUGCUCCGUCUUUGCAACGGCUUGAACAAGAUGACCGGCGAGAUCAGUUUGGAAGGGGCUUCGGAGAAUCAGGACGGCUUGAGUCGUCAUGAGUGAACCAAUCUGCCGCUGUUAUCCGAACUCGUCCGAGAUCCGAGAUCGUCCCCAUGUGGAUCCGUCCCGCGGACUCGAUGCCGGAUGUCAACGAGGAUUCGUAGCGCUCCAGUUUGUCGAACCGAUUUGAUCGCCAUGACCGAACUAUAUUUGGCUUUGAGAUGACGGCCGGGUCGCGUUACUAUCAGCGCGGAUUUGUACUUAAAGCGGAUCUCAAGCGUGUCAACUUGUUAAACAAAUUGAAAAUGAUUAUCCGCCUGUUGCAAUAUUAUACAAAAAUAAGAUUUAUUUGGGGAAAGCUCGAGUUUCUUUGCAAGUUGAAUGAAUAGUUGUUUCGUUGAGAAAUCAAUCUCCAUUUAAUUUUUUUACGUGCAAACUUAUCACAACGUCUUUUGCGAGAGUUAGAAAUUGACUGAAUCGUAUUAACUUCUUAUUUAAUUUCGAUGUGUUACUUGUUACUGCGGUAUAUUUCAUCAUCUACCUCCUUUACUCGUUAUAGAACUAUUUAGACUUUACAAUAUAUUUUAGUAUUAUGUGCUAUACUUAUAAUAAAUGUUAUAUAAUAAAAUGGCAAUGGUUUUCUUCAAUCUGUUAGCUGUCAUGUACGAAAAUGCUUGUUUGAAAUUAUGAAAUUACAAAAACUUAAUCGCGACACAUUAGUCUAUUAUUUUUCUUAUUAUUUUUAUAAAAACGUUCCUCUCAACAGCGAGAUAUGAUCAAUUGCUUAUAACUCGUCUUGCUUUUGUUGCAAAUGCAUUUUCAAUAAAAUGCUUUAUGCUGGAUAUAUACGCACACAUAUAUUUGUAGCUAAAGGAUUGAACGGAUCUCUUUUAUAUCUUAUCCUAUAUAUCUUCCUUAUCCUAUUUCUUGAGGAAGUAAGCACUAAAUAUAUACUCGUUUUCUUCUCGAAAAAGAACUAUCUUCAUUUCUCUUAAUUUUUUUUAUCAAGCGCUAAGUGUUUAUCGGCGUACCCGUAAGCUGAUAGCAAAUACCGAGCCGUGAAUCUCAUAUCGGAUACCGCGCUGUACAUCCACCUGCCUCCUUAUUCGAUGUACAUACAAAGCUGAUGAUUCAUCGCUCCGAAGUACCGUCGAUGUAAUCGCAGAUUCGUAUUGUAAUUGUUCGCAUUCUUUUUGUCGCGUCCGCAGCAUGUUGCCGCUAAUAAUGAAUUCGGUUGGAUGCACUAAUAACACUUUAAAUGUUUAAGAAUCGUCGUAUUUAUGUGACAAGCAUGACGUAAACCUGUUGCUAUUGAAACGUCUAAAAUAGUCUAAAUCAACGUACACUGGUUAAUUACCUAUUUGACAGUUUGUAACAAUGCGUUAAUAUUGGUCAAUAUUCAUAUAACCAAACAUACACUUUAUUUAAUUCCACUUGGAGGUUCCAUUCUUCCAAGAGGCUCAUCGCCGUGAAAACGAUUACUGAAAACGUUUCUUGCAUUUCUCGAAGACCCGUGAAAGAAAAUUUCGCAAAUAUUGAAGUAAUAUAAUAAAAAGUUUCCUUUUUUAGCUUGUCAUUAUUAUGCAGUCUUAUUUUUAGUAUCCCAUAAUAGUUGUGUACAAAAAGUUUUAUCUUAUAAAAUUAAUAUCUUUCAACACACUGCUAAACUUUGCUAAACACACAGUGACUUGCAUCGAGCAUUAUUAACGAGCCAUUGAUAUUGCUUGGCUCUUACGUCAAUUUGUACGCGACUGUCUUUUGCGCGCAGUCUGGUACAUUGAACCGAAUUCGUUGUAAGCCUCGCAUGUUGCAUAAACAAUAUCCUAUGAUAUGACCGAUCGUUAGAUCCAGCCUGUGCUUACGAUAAGUACCUAUUAUAAGGAUUUGUCACAGCAUCACAAUGCAUGCGUCAUAGAUAGUGUCCUCAGUAGUCUACGCCGUUCUUAUGAUGUAUGUGAAUUUAAUACGUAACUACAUAUAAUUAAAAGAAAACAAAGUGGCUGGAUA